UUUUAAUGCGGAAGUAAGCCGUUUUCUGUGAAUGUGCGAGACUUCUGGUUCAUUAGCUGCUGUAAGGAAAGAACAAGAAGAAUAACAAAGUUUAAAAAAAACAGCAGUUUGCAAUAUCAAGCAGCAAAACAAGCUGUUUUUUACAGCUAAAAUAGCUCUCCAGAUUCUGAUGAAGAGAAGUUUUGCACACGUCUCUCAAACACAAAACCAGGAACUACAGUACAUCACUGUUUCUGAUAAGAGAAAGUGAAAGUGAAGUGCUUUUGACAGUUACUCUCUCUCUUUCAUCAAACUCCUGCACGAUGGCUGAAGCUAGUAUUCCAGUGGCUCAGGAUGAGUUCUCGUGUCCAGUGUGUCUGGAUCUGCUGAAGGAACCAGUGACCACUGCCUGUGGACACAGUUACUGUAAGAGCUGCAUCACAGACUGCUGGGAUCAGGAGGAUCAGAAGGGAGUCUACAGCUGCCCUCAGUGCAGACACACCUUCAGCCCCAGGCCUGCUUUAGCUACCAAUGUGUUGGUGGCUGAAGUGGUGGAGAAACUGAAGAAGACCAGACUCCAAGCCGCUGAUAGUUUCGCUGGAUCUGGAGAUGUUCAGUGUGAUGUCUGCACUGGGAGCAAACACAAAGCUGUCAAGUCCUGUCUGGUGUGUCUGAACUCUUACUGUCUGAAUCACCUCGAACAACAUGAGAGUUUCUUUAGAGGUAAGAAACACAACCUGACCGAUGCCACUGGACGACUACCAGAGAUGAACUGCACAAAACAUGACGAACAGCUAAAGCUCUUCUGUCGAACAGACCAGUGCUGCAUUUGUUAUCCGUGUUUGAUGGAUGAACACAAGAACCAUGAAACUGUGACAGCGGAAGCAGAGAGGACAAAGAAACAGAGGAUUCUGAAGAAGACGCAGAAGACGCUCCAGCAGAGAAUCCAGCAGAGAGAGAAAGAUCUUCAGCAGCUGAGAGAGACUGUGGAGUCUCAUAAGCGCUCUGCACAGACAGCAGUGGAGGACAGUGAGAGGAUCUUUACUAGUUUCUCCGGUCCUCCUGAAUCUACAGAGCAGCCCAGCAUCAUCAUCAGCUCUCACGUCUCUUUCACUCAUGUGGGAAAAUCAGUUUCUAGACUGAAAGAAAAACUGGAGGAUUUCUGUAAAGAAGAGAUUGAAGAGAUUUCUGGCAGAGUAACAUCGAAGACGAAGACCAGGCCAGAGCUUCUGCGAUGUAAGACGCUAUGA